UACUGAGGACAUCGAAUUGUCAUGUCAUUGUCACAUCCAUAUGAGUCAGGAGACUUAUUAGAGUCCAACCAUUUGCAUUCAAUUAUUGUUAGUAGCAGAGACCCCAUCAUCACUUUCACGCUCUACAUCUACGCUUACAAAAACACUCUUCUUAUCUUCUUCUCAUCGUCUUCACUCAUCUCUAACGUUUCUUUCUAUCUCUAAUCCAAGCAACAAUAUGGAUUCCGUAAUCGCUUUCGACAGAUCUCCGAUGUUUCGAGUCUACAAGAGUGGCCGCAUUGAGCGUCUCUUAGGAGAAACAACCGUCCCACCAUCUCUUACACCACAAAACGGUGUCGUCUCCAAAGAUAUCAUCCAUUCACCGGAGAAAAACCUCUCCCUCCGCAUCUACCUACCGGAGAAAGUCACUGUUAAAAAGCUCCCAAUCCUCAUCUACUUCCACGGUGGUGGUUUCAUCAUAGAAACAGCUUUUUCUCCACCCUACCACACUUUCCUCACAUCCGCCGUCGCGGCCGCUAACUGCUUAGCAAUAUCAGUAAACUAUCGCCGUGCACCGGAGUUUCCGGUACCUAUUCCGUACGAAGAUUCAUGGGAUUCACUCAAAUGGGUGUUAACUCAUAUCACAGGAACCGGACCGGAAACUUGGAUAAACAAACACGGCGAUUUCGGAAAAGUGUUUCUCGCCGGAGAUAGCGCCGGUGGAAACAUAUCUCAUCAUCUAACGAUGCGAGCGAAAAAAGAGAAGCUUUGUGAUUCUUUAAUAUCAGGGAUAAUCUUGAUUCAUCCAUAUUUUUGGAGUAAGACUCCAAUUGAUGAGUUUGAGGUUAGAGACGUGGGGAAGACGAAAGGUGUUGAAGGAAGUUGGAGAGUCGCAAGUCCGAAUAGUAAACAAGGAGUUGAUGAUCCAUGGCUCAACGUUGUCGGAUCGGAUCCAUCCGGAUUAGGUUGCGGGCGGGUUUUGGUAAUGGUAGCUGGAGAUGAUCUGUUUGUGAGACAAGGUUGGUGUUACGCGGAGAAGCUGAAGAAGAGUGGAUGGGAAGGUGAAGUUGAGGUAAUGGAGACUAAAAAUGAAGGUCAUGUUUUUCAUUUGAAGAAUCCUAAUAGUGAUAAUGCUCGUCAAGUCGUGAAGAAACUUGAAGAGUUUAUUAAUAAGUAAUAUUAAUGAGUACGUUUGUCGAAGGAGAUAACAAUAACUAAUGAAUAAAUUGGUGUAUUUGUCACUGAUUACAUAUAGAAUUAUGCUAUCACAUUUAGGGUUAAAGCCAAGAGGAGUCAGUUAAAGUUUCAGUUACUUUUCUUUCAAGUAACUGAUAGAAAGACGAUUAAUUGUAUUAGUUUGUGGUAAAUAAAUGGUUUGGUUUGAAUAUUAUGUGGUGCAAACUUAUAUACAGUACAUGUAAAUUAGUAAAUGUAAAUUUAUUUUUAGUUAGUUUCCUAUUUCGUUAUAUUUACGUAUAUAUAGAAUAGGAAAAGUUUUUAAAAAAAA